GCAAUGGAAUGCACGAAAACAGACAUACUACACCGCACAGACAGCGCAAAUAAAACUCAUAUCGCAAUAUCUGCAAUACAGCUGGUACGAGUUGUCAUGGACGCGGUGUCCAUUCAACCAAUCAGAGCCCAGUAAAUUAUGGCUUCCAGCUAUCCUGGUCUUCGCUUUUUACCGCUCCGAUGCCCGUGCUUACGAACUACGUCGAGUGUAUAAUGCAUACCGAUAUAUUCCUAUUUACAUGGUGUAAUGUGAAACCGUAUCAGGAUUGCUGUAGCAUCGUGAUUAUAUACUGUUCUGUUGAAGUCUUUUUUUAGGUCAAAAUCGUGUCUACUUCUUGUUGAAAUCAUGGAUUAUCAUUGGAAUAUACCAACGCUCAAUAACCGUGAGUUAUAGUAGGAUUGUUUUGUUAAGAGAAAGUGGGAAACCGCAACAAACUUCCCCACUUGUCGGGUAACUGUAUGUGAAACUGAAAAGCAGCUGAAUUGAAAGCGAAAAUAUGUCACUUCAUCACCCAGUUGCGCCCCCGCGUUCCCGGUCUCGGGUUUCCAGCGGCCAUGGCUCGGCGUCGCGAACGAUGUCGGCAAAUGUUCUACGCCUACACGAAUCUUUGACGAAUCUCCUGAACGGCCAGGACAAGGCCCAUUUCGUUCACGCACUUAACGAUUACAACUCCAAACGAAAUGUGUACACCCUCGUGCACAACCUGAUGGGUAUUUUGAACACCCCCGAGAAGAAACAACUCUAUGUUUUGCUUGGAAAAGUAAUUCCGUCUUCAGAUCAGACACUCUUUUGGCAACAUGUUGAUGCCUUGUGCAUGGGGGCUAGUGUCGAAAGACCACAAAGUGUCGUCAGUAAUGUCAGUCCUAAUAAUGUGAGCUCAAUGAAUGGGUCUAUGUCUAGACCCGAAUCAAGACUCUACCAGCAAAAUACCAGGACUAUUGGAAGACCAUCUUCCUCGUUGCAAUCGCUUAACCAUCCAUCGAAUGUUAAACAAAACUCAGAGACGAGUUUUCAGCAUCAGAACCAAAGCUACCGGGAACAAAAUCAUCUGCAGCAACCGCAUCACCACCACCAGCACCUCCAACCUGGUGGAGAUGAACUACAUGGAAAGGUCGCAAGAAAGACAACAGACGUGCAAUUACCGGUGGAGCAGAACAGAGACUUGAAGAGGAUAGUAUUGAGGAAGUCUGACCAGGAUGGGGGUGGGUUGGGGUUCAGUAUCAGGGGUGGGGCGGAGCAUUCGGUGGGGAUCUUUGUGUCGCUGGUGGAAGCAAACAGUUUGGCAGAGAAAAGAGGGUUAAUCAAAGGAGACCAGAUUAUGCAGGUCAAUGACAUUCCAUUUGAGAAGGUAGCCCACUCUGAUGCAGUGAAGAUCUUAAAGGCGGUCAACAAGCUGGUCUUGUAUGUCAAGAGUGUUGGGCGUGUCCCUGGCUCCUUCUUCUCCCACCAGACCUACACAUGGGUGAACCCCAAGGGGCGCAGCGUGUCCCCUCCACCGGACGUCGACCCCCUUGGUGGGAGGAUGCUAAAUGAUACACAGAAUAGAAAGAGUGGUCUCAACCUCCUUAAGAACGGUGAUGAAAAGAAGGUGAAUGUUGUAGUGAAUGAGGGAGAGAGUCUUGGUUUGAUGAUUCGAGGAGGAAAGGAGUUUGGUCUUGGUAUCUACAUCACUGGAAUCGAUACUUACUCUGUGGCAGACCAUGCUGGUCUUAAGGUUGGCGAUCAGAUCCUCGACGUCAACUCCAGGAACUUCCUCGACAUCGAGCACCAGAACGCAGUGGACAUCCUCAAGUCAUCCAAGCUAAUGAUGAUGACCAUCAAGGACGUCGGCAAAUUACCGUACGGCCGGACGACCAUUGACCGGACACAGUGGCUGACCGGGAAUGAGGUCAAGGAUUCUCCGCCGACCACCAGACCGGUUAAAAGGGAUCAGGUGGAGGAGACAGACUCCAUCUAUGCUGAUAUUCCAGAGAGGCCUUCGUCUGCAUUCAGUCGUGGUAUCGGGUCUCAGGUGAUGUACAACAAGAGCAUGGCUGGGGUCCAGAACUGGAGUAUGCUCGAGGACCAGUCUCGGAACCUCCUCAGUGAGAAUGAGAGAGGCACCAUGAUGUACUACCUGGAGGAGUAUCAACGGAAUACCAUCACCGUUGAAGCCCUUGUGAUGGCGCUCUUUGAAUUAUUUGAUACUCAUGCUAAGUUCUCUCUGCUAUCUGAAAUCCGUGCCUUUAUCUUCCCUCGAGACAUUGACAGGUUUGAUGGCCUGGUCUUGAAGAGAGAAGUAGAAGCCAUGAAGGCAAGACAGCGUGGCUAUUUCAUGAACGAACGUGAGACGUCUUUCACAGACACCAUGUCAAACAGCAGUCGUUAUAACUCCUCCAGCUCCAUCGACUCCAGACCUCUGACUCCUCCUAGAAUACCUCAGCAUCUUCCACCAAACAUCAGGCUGACUAACGAACCAGAGGAGAGAUACCGAGGCUUAGAUACCAGGCAGAUAAAUGAUGAUACAAACGGGCUUCCAGACUUUGCUUUACCAGAUUAUGCUAUUGGCUCACCAAGCAGCAACAACAACACCAUCACCCCAAACAAGAACAAAUCUCUUAAUCGCUCCUCCCCCUCCAUCCUCAAAUCCUCUUCCCUCUUCAACCCUACCAAUGGAUUUGACUCUCCCAACCUCAAGCAUGUAACUGUGGAUGUGCACCACCACAAUCAUGUCAACCAGGAACCUUCCACUAGCGGCAGAGGGGUGAUCCUACCUGGGUUGGAGUCCAUGUAUAUAGGGACCAAGAGCCCCAGUGAGGAUAGUGGUGUGGAUGUGAACCUGACCAAUGGGUUGCACAGUCUGGUCAACCUUGAAAGAUACAAGAUGUCAGAUUCCAAUGACCGCUACCACAAUAUGACCAGUGACACAGAUUUCAGCCCCCGGUCUUCAGAAGAGAGUCCCCGCUCCCCAGACAGCAGCCUAGAGCCCUCCCCAAGUAGAGUACAGGAGGAGAAGAGAGAAGCAUCCUCCUCCCAAACCAAGGAUGAUGCAAGUGAUCGCCAUAGUGAAAGGUCAGGAAGCAGACAGAGAAGGAUGAGCUUGGACAGUGUGUCAACAGAGGGCUCUGCCUCAGUGAUUGGAGAACUGAUUAGCAGACAGAACAGUGGAAGUGAACAUGGUAUUCCAAGGAGGAUAAGUGAUCCCACUCAUCACACACCCAAAGACCAGAGGCGUAACAUUGACCAGACCAAGAAAGCCAGCGAAACCCUGUAUGAACUUAGGAAGAGUACACCAACAUCACCUCAUUCUCCAACAACCACUUCCAAAACAACAUCAAACCAGAGGCUCUCAUCAUCAUCAUCAUCAUCAUCAUCACAAAGAGGUGCAGGCAAUGGUGGAGGGCGAACACGUCCCAUCUUGCCUCCCCCUCCUCCACCUUCUGCAAAAGAGAAUUCUAACCAAUCUUCAAAUCCUUCACAAUCUUUACCAUAUCAAUCCGUAGAGGAUCUGCCUUUACCCCCGCCCCCUUUGGAUUUCCUCUCAGCAGCACCUUUUGAUCUGCCACCCCCGCUGCCCUCCCCUCCAGUCAAUAGAUUCCCAGAUGAUGCACCCCCUCUUCCCCCUACCACGCCCCCUCCUCCGCCACCGGGGUUUGAGACGGAGGAUGAAGACGAGGAUGAGGUGGUGCUCCCCAAUCCAUCAUCCUUUCCUUUGGUCGCUACCAGCCGUGCUCCGAUGAGUACUAUGAGCACAUUCAAACCUCAGGGCUCAUCCACCCCUGACAAGCCAACUCCAGACAUCAUUGUAAACACACGACUGGACAGACCUCCAUACUGUGAGGCCAUCCUUGUGAAGAAAACCCAGUCUAACCUUGGCCUAGCUGUAGAAGGGGGCUCUGGGACCAGACAACCUUUGCCAAAGAUUAUCAAAGUCCAGAAUGGAGGGUCAGCCUACCAGAGCAGCAACCUGAAAGUUGGUCAUGUGAUCCUAAAGGUCAACGGCCGACCUCUCCAUGACCUCUCUCAUUCCCAGUCAACCAGGGUCAUUGCUGAAGCAUUCAAACAGAAGUCAAGCAAUACUAUGGAAUUUCUGGUAUUGGAUUCCAAUAGAUUCAAACUUGUGUAUUAGAUUUGUAUAGAUUUCUUCAUCUAGAUUUGAUGGUACUUGUGACCUAUCACAUCAGAAUGAGGCAGAAACUGGUAAAAUCCUAUUUAUUUUUAUACCAUAUUCAUAUGAUCUAUUUCCUAUUCUUCAAGUAAGUACAGGUAUUAGCUUUCAAGAAGAGGGGCACCUCAGACAAAAACAUGUCAAAUAAAAACUGCAAACGAUUAUAAAAAAAAAAACAAUUUACAAGCUUUUUUCUGCUUUUUUCAAAUGAUGGAAUGUACUGGUAAAUAAAGAAAGUUUUCAUAUUUGUCAUCUUUUUCUCAUGUUCCAAUUCAGACACAUCUUUCUCAUUCUGAUGUGACAAGUAUGGUUCGUGGUAAACUGACUGAUGAAAUAGGCCAUCAUUACACAUUCAUCAUAUCAAUUUUAGCUGAUUAAUUUGUAUAGCUUAAAGGUACUAUGUCCCUUUUGCAGCCAACCUUAAAUUCUGUAGAACAUUGCAGGAAUUAUGAAUAUGUCAUGUAUGUCCU